CUUUGUAUAGUGUUUAUUAUCCGUAUUCGCAAUUUAAGUGUUAUGAUUUUGCGCAUGAUAACUGCAUUUUUUUCAUGUGUCAUGUGUAGAUCUUAUGUACAGUAAGAAAAAAAAAUUGAUCCCUCGUCUGAAGCAAUAUCACGAUCGGGGCAUUAUUUACAUGAGAUUGUGUUUUUGCGGCAUUAUCUCUUGCGUCAGCCUGCCGAUUAAACGGAAUUUAUGAGUUUACGUAAUACUGCAAUGGCUCCAAUAAAUGCUAAUAUCUUGCGGGUGCUCUUUGGCCAUCUAUCGCGUGACAUAUGUUUACGUUUGACGGAAAUAAAGUUCAUUGUAAAUCGUAGUCGUCGCCGGUCAUCGAUCUGCAUGUUUUACAAAAUUUUAAAUAUCACUUAUCCAUAUCGAUAUACAGUAUAAUUAUACAAAAAAUUAUCGACAAUGUUUGCAGUGUUUAACUUAAGCAUUUUUUUGUUUUUAAACAACUCAUAAUAUCGUGUUGUGCGUCGUCUUUAGAACAUCAUGUUUAAUGACUUUCAAUCACAGCUGUAUGUUACUUCAGUACUUCAGUUAUUCUUCGGAAUCAGUUGCGUACGCACAUAUAUUUGAGCACACAUUAAAUUAAAAUGUCAGCCAUACAAUUCCAUAGAACUGCAAAUGGAUUUACAGGAUACGAUAAGGAAAUGAAUCAAUCGGUCAGAUAUGCAACGGCUAGUGAGACUGGACUUGAUGGGCCUGAUCAAGUAUUAGCUACGGACGUGGAUACUACAUGUGAAUCUAAUGGUAAAGUUCGAAUAAAAUUAGACAAGAACGAAUAUAAUUCAUGUAUACCUGUAUCAAUUCCUGGAGCUUUCACCAAAACAGUAAAUCUCUAUCCCGAUCAUAUUGCGUUGGUUUCUAGUCUUGGUGACGAUGGCAAGAGGACCAUGUAUACUUACCGAGAAUACGAACAGACUGUAAAAACCGUCGCUAAAGCGUUUUUGGAACUAGGUUUGGAGCGACAUUAUGCUGUCUGUUUAUUAGGAUUCAAUAGUCCGGAAUGGUUCAUUGCCGAUCUCGCAGCUAUAUAUGCUGGCGGACUUGCUGCAGGAAUUUAUACCACAAAUUCUCCGGAGGCAUGCCAAUAUUGCGCUGAACAUAGUAAAGCAAAUAUAAUAGUCGUUGAAGACAAGAAACAAUUGGGGAAAAUCUUACAAAUAAAAAAAGAUCUGCCUGACUUGAAAGCGAUCAUUCAAUACAGUGGCAUACCUACUGAAAAAGAUGUUUUAAGCUGGAACGAUUUAUUAGAGAUAGGUAAAAGGGCAUCGGACAGUAAAUUACUGUCUGUGUUGAAGACGAUUGGAGCAAACGAGUGUUGUACUUUAGUUUACACGUCAGGAACUGUUGGAAAACCGAAAGCUGUGAUGUUGAGUCAUGAUAAUCUCUUACAUGGUGCACGAUCGCUGUUUACCACGAUGGAGUUGAAAACAAAGACGGAGACUGUAGUUAGUUAUUUGCCAUUAUCUCAUAUUGCAGCACAGGUAUGUGACAUUAUAGCAAGUGUACUUGCAGCAAGUACAGUAUACUUUGCGGAUAAAAACGCGCUCAGAGGUUCGUUAGUAGAAACGUUGCUUGUGGCGCAACCAACUGUUUUGUUAGCGGUACCGAGAGUAUGGGAAAAGAUAUAUGAAAAAAUGCAAGAAAAGGCGCACAGUAACGGUGCAAUAAAGACUUGGAUUGCUAGAUGGGCAAAAUCGCAAGGGCUUUAUUAUCACAUGAAUAAAAUGAAUGGCGUGGAUUAUAAAAACUGGAGCUAUAUUUUUGCGAAAUGGCUUAUUUUUGACAAAAUAAAGGCAGCAUUAGGUCUACAAAGAUGCCGAUUAUUUAUUACCGCAGCAGCACCUUUAAAUAUAAAUAUUAAAAAAUAUUUUCUGAGUUUAGACAUACCUAUAAUAGAGGCAUAUGGAAUGUCGGAAUGUGGUGGUGCUCAUACCAUAGGCGAUUAUAAAGAAUAUAGAUUAUACGGUGUUGGAAUUCCUUUAUCUGGAGUAUAUACAAAAUUGGACAAUAUAGAUGAACAUGGUGAAGGGGAGGUUUGCAUGGGCGGACGACAUGUAUUUAUGGGUUAUUUAAAUGCACCAGAGAAAACUGCAGAAGCUACAGAUAAAAAUGGCUGGUUACAUAGUGGUGAUCUUGGCAAAAUAGAUUCAAACGGAAUUUUAUCCAUUACCGGUAGAAUAAAAGAACUUAUAAUCACAAGUGGAGGCGAGAAUGUAGCGCCAUUAAAUAUAGAGCAUGCAAUAUUGUCAGAAUUACCAGCGUUAAGUAAUACUAUGUUAAUUGGAGAUAAAAGGAAAUAUUUGACUGUUCUUGUCACACUCAAGAGCAAUGUGAACAGCGAAACUGGUGAACCUUUAGAUACGCUGAAUCCCGAUGUAUUAAAAUGGGCAAAGUCUAUUGGUAGUAAUGCCGAGACAGUCACAGAUGUCAUAAGUUCUCGUGAUCCGUUCAUAUAUGAGGAAAUCGACAAAGCGAUCAAAAGAGCAAACGCACAUGCUAUAAGUAAUGCUCAAAAAGUACAGAAAUUCGAGAUUCUUCCGCAUGACUUUUCAAUUCCAACUGGUGAAUUAGGGCCCACAUUAAAACUUAGAAGGAAUAUAGUUACAAACAUGUAUGCUGAUUUAAUAGAGAAAAUGUAUCAAUGAAAUCUGCUGUAUUCUAAUACUAAUAUCACAAUAUUUUUUAUAAUAAGAAUGAAUAAUAUGAACAGAUAAAGGAACUAUAAGCGCCAAAAUAAGUCGUAAAAUAUAUAGUUAUAUAUUUUAUACAAAUGCCUUAAUAUAUAUAAAAUAUAAUAUUUUAUAUAAAUAAUACAUAUUUUAAAUACAGGUGUAAUCAAAAUAAAGUCUAGAAAAAAUAAUUUUUAGUUAAUGUAAGUUUUUGUUAUAUUUAUAUAUGUAUAGAUAUAUUUAUAGAUGGGAUUAUGUACAUAUAUAUAUUUUAGACUUAGACUAUCUAUAAGACAUAGUAAAAUAUCAUACUAAUGAAUCACAUGUUUAUAUUUACAUUAUACGUAAUCUAUAUGUUCCUUACCAUAAUCAUAAAUAUUUUUCGAUUAUUAAUACGAUUUUAUAUUUAUUUUAAGUAAAAUUAUUUUUUAACGCAAUUUAUUGAUCAAAUAUUAUAUAGAUUGUGCAUCUUGUUUAAUUAAUAUGUUUAUUUUUAGUAAUUAUAUCAAUGAAAUCGCACGUAUGCAAUAUUACUAAGAAUGAAAUUAUAUAUUUUCAUGCUAUACCUGGAUAUAAUCUUUUUUAAAUAAUAAGUACAAAAACUAUAUUUUUUUCUGAAAA